GCAACGCGCAUGCACCGUCAUCCAUAUCACAUGUAGCAUGACUGUACUGUUCAGUAGUAUUCUGACGAGUCGAUCUCUGGGCAACUUCAGCUUUAAUGUGAUCAACAAAGCUUGCGCGUGCCUCAAGUCAUCAACGGUUUUUCGAGACAGCAUGGAGACAGCUUCGGACUUGAAUUAUAUUGAGGUAAAGGAUGACAAUCCCCUCAACCUUUUUAGAGAAUGGCAACAAGAGGCAAAGAAUUGCGCCACCAUAAUGCCGGCGACUUUCUGCUUGGCCACUGUGUCCAAAGAAGGAAAAGUAAGCGCUCGUAAUCUGAUACUCAGACGUUUAGACGAAGACGGUUUCGUCAUGAUGACAGAUAGACGGAGUCGGAAAUCACAAAACUUGAGCGAAGUGCCAUCAGCAGCUAUGUGUUUUUUAUGGGCGUACAAAAACGACACUGGAGAACACGUUGCACGACAGGUGCGGAUAGAGGGUCCCGUUGCAGAAAUGAAAAAGGAGGAUUACCAGGAGCUGUACGACUCCGAACCACUUCCUUGCAAAAUACGAUCCCACAUCUGUCAUCAAGGCAAGAAGGUCGAAUGGGACGAACUCAAGGCUUCUCAUGACCGAGUGAUGCAGAGCGUUGUAGAUGGCAAGACUGAUCUACCGGUGCCCGAUCAUUUUGUCGCCUAUAAACUGGAGCCUUUAACGAUGGAAUUCUACGGCCAGCGAGAUCACCUGAUCGCUGAUCGCGUUUCAUUCGCCAAGGAUUCGAAAACGGGUGCAUGGAAUCAUCACCAUCUCGCAGCCUGAGAAUCGAAAUUUACUCUUUGUUACGCUCUUUAUCAUCGUUAUCUUCCAGCGUGAAAUCAUACAAAAAACUAAGCAGAACGUGCGUUUAGUUUUAGGAUACAAACCAUUUUGAUAUACAUAUUGGAAGAAUUUAUUUUUAUGACCUAGAUUAAAGUACUCGUAUACCUGAUUGUGAGACUUGGAACUUGAUAUUAUAGAUAUAAACGAAUCACAGUGUAUAUUAUAUCAA